CUUCAUAACAACAGUGCAUAAACUUUUUUUUUGUAUGUAGUGUAUUUAUUAUUAUAUGUAAACAAUUGUUAAUAAUAAUUAUUAAACAAUCAUGAACGCUCUCUUGGGAAAUUUUACACGAUUGUCAAUUGUUGUAAAUAACUUGGCAAAAAAUAAUGGCUGUAUAACAAGAGGUUUUAAAUCAGAUUUAAAGAUAAAAUGGAUAAAACCAGCUAAAAUUCCAUGUACUGAUCCAUCAAAAAGUGGUGAUGGUGGAUUAGAACGUGUAGAAAAUGAAUCUGUUCUUGCAGCUAAUUUUGCUGAAUCUCAAGAAUUAAAAGAUGCACCAGAAAUUGUUAAAAAGCUAUUCUCUUUGGAAUUUAUGCCAAUCAAAGAAACUACAAUACUAAAUAGAGAAAAAACAAGAAGCCUCGUCAAGAGAUAUGAAAACGAUAAUGUAUCAAUGGAAGCUAAAAUUGCUAUUAUGACAAGUGAAAUAUUGUAUCUUCAAAAAUAUCUGGAAAAACAUCCAAGAAAUAAAGUAACAUUUGUUUUUUUAAAAGAAUUAAUUGAUAAAAGAAAAAAAUUCUUAUCGAAAUUAAGAAAAUGGGAUUACCGAAGAUUUGAAUGGUUAUUGGAAAGAUUAAAUUUAACUUACAAGCCAAAUCAAGUUGAGUACUAUCGUGUAACUAGAAAAGAUUCAAUGAGAAAAUUAACACGUAAACAUUGUGAUAAAUUAAGAGAAGAUAAAAUAAAUGCAUACAAAGCUGAAUUAGCUGAACAAAAAAAGAUAUUUUCAAAGACAAAAGUUGAACGUCUUGAAUUUAUCAGAGCUGAAGAGCUUGCAUGUGGUGUUGAGCCAACUGUAAGUGAAGAAGAAAUUCAAGAAGCUAAAAAAAUAGCUGCACAAUAUCAAUAAAUUUGUUAAAAUAAUAAUAAAGUAAAAUAAUUUUUUGUUCCA